AUGUCCCGAGCAGCUACCCGACGCCAGAAGCAGCAGCUAGACGCGUCCCUCAUGGCUUUAUUCAUCUUCUCCGUGUGUCUGAAGCUAUUACUCUUUCCCUCCUAUACUAGCACUGACUUUGAGGUGCAUCGUAAUUGGCUCAGCCUCACGCACAAGCUGCCACGUCGUCUAUGGUACCAUGAAGACACAAGCGAGUGGACGCUGGACUAUCCGCCCUUUUUCGCCUACUUUGAGAACAUACUGAGCCUUGUAGCUGCUGUCAUAGACAAGAGUAUGCUGGAAAUUAGCUCGACGCCUGUAUUCUCGCCCUCCCUUGUACUUUUUCAGCGCUUGAGCGUCGUCGUGUCAGACGUGGUGCUGUUCUACGCUCUACACGCCUACUGCUCGUCCUGGCCCACAGUCACCACAACCGAGUGGGCUUUUUCUAAAGCCAAACGACUAGCAAUUAUGCUUGUCACGGUACUGGACGCGGGCCUGCUCUUCGUGGAUCACAUUCACUUCCAGUACAACGGAAUGCUGCUGGGACUCUUGAUCUUAUCGGCCACUAAGUUUCGACUGCAUCAGGAUCUUCAAGGAGCUUUACUGUAUGCUGUGCUACUUAUGUUCAAGCAUAUUUAUCUGUAUGCAGCGCCGUUGUACUUUAUCUACUUGUUGGGGCACUACUGCUACGUCAAAAAGUUGGGCUCCGAAUCGUCGGACAGUGAUGAAGACCCAAAACAAAAGCUGCUCAGGAAGAGAUCAAUUUCAAGCACGGACGUGCACGAGACGAUUCAAGAUCUGCAUGAUGGUAAUAUGACAUUCUCUUUCGCCAACUUUGUACGACUGGGGGCGAUGGUGCUUGCAGUAUUUGUGUUUGCGUUCGGAAGUAUUCUGUGGGACCACGAGGACCCGAUUGGUGGCAUGAACCAGAUCUUGUCUCGAUUGUUUCCCGUUCAAAGAGGACUGUGUCACUCGUACUGGGCGCCUAACGUCUGGGCACUGUACACUUUCCUCGACAAGGUACUUGUGAUCCUCGGUUUUCCUGCCUCAAAGGAUGGCAUUGCUCUUAUGAGUGGCGGGCUCGUACAGGAAGCAAGCUUCGCGGUGCUGCCCACUGUGUCACCGCUGGUGUGUGCAGCGCUGACGUUUGCCAUGAUGACGCCGGUGUUGCAGAGUAUUUGGAAAUACCCGGACUCGUCGCUCUUUACUAGCGCGCUUGCAUAUUGUAUGCUGUGCUCGUUCCUGCUAGGAUAUCACGUGCACGAGAAGGCAAUUCUGCAGGUGACACUUCCAAUGGCUCUUAUGGCUGCUGAUAGCGUUGCUAGCAUGCGGUUAUACAGGUUUGCAUCGGGAGUUGCGACAAUCUCACUUUUCCCGUUACUGUUCACGCCCGCCGAACAGGGAUCUAAAGUGCUCCUAGGCACUUGCCAUGCUGUGCUAGCAGAGGUCGUGCUUGUCCCGUUGCUUAAACAAUCGCUAAAGGAGAGGCAUAUCAAAAUCACCGCCGUUGGUAUGUCUUUCUUUGAGCGUAUUUUUCUUGCUGGACUGGCUAGCCUUGCCUUGUUGGCAGCAGUAUUUCCGUACGUCCCACGCAUUGGUGCGCGAUACCCGUUCCUACCACUCAUGUUGAUCUCGGUGAGCUGUGCCAUUGGAAACAUUUACGUGUGGGGUUUCACUGUCACUCAGCAUUUUAGAAAACUUGACGCUGUAAAGUACUACCUUGACGCACAAAGACCAAAGUAA